UGCAUAUUGCCCCCACAGCCUGACAGGACACACACAGUGGGCUUUCCACAUUCACUGGAGGACUGGGGAUGGGCGAAGGAGCCUGUGUGCUGGCUGUGGCAGCUGCAGCAGGUAGGCACUGGGAGCUGCCAGCCUGACGUGGCCUCAUUCAGACAGCAGUAGGCUGCUGCUGCUUACUGCUGCUGUUGCUGGGAGAGACUGUGCUGCUGCGACAGGGGAGGAUGAAGCGAGCAGCUCAAGGAGCCUCACAGCGCAUGCGCCGUCCGAGCCACUGACUAUAUUGUCAGGCAAGAUAUCUAAAGGGGGGGUAAAAAAAUCAGCAUUUUAUAUAAAGAAGAAGCUCCAGCGGAAAAAUAUACUCUUGUCAGGAUAUAUAGCACCAACAGAUCUCUUGACAGCAUGACACAUCAGAAGAAGCAAAGAGCAGAAUGUGUGCCUAGACACCAGCUCAGUUGUUCUUGUGGAUUACAUUUGCAGUAAAAUGUAUGGAUCUAUCUUGUGCUUGCCCUUGUAUAUAGACCAUGAGACUUGACUGAAGCAAUAAUAUAUAUCCUCCAUCUAUGGCGAACGAUAGCCAUGCAGCUGACAACAUUCUGCAAAAUGUGUCUCCGUUAACAGCAUUUUUAAAGCUAACAUCAUUGGGCUUUAUAAUAGGAGUCAGUGUGGUGGGUAACCUUCUUAUCUCAAUUUUGCUUGUUAAAGAUAAGACCUUACACAGAGCUCCUUACUACUUCCUGUUGGAUCUGUGCUGCUCAGAUAUUCUGAGAUCCGCUAUUUGUUUUCCAUUUGUGUUCACCUCCGUGAAGAAUGGCUCUACAUGGACUUAUGGGAAUCUUACUUGCAAAGUGAUUGCAUUUCUUGGGGUCUUGUCCUGUUUUCACACCGCAUUCAUGUUAUUCUGUAUAAGUGUUACCAGAUACUUAGCUAUAGCCCACCAUCGGUUUUAUACAAAAAGGUUGACUUUUUGGACUUGUUUGGCAGUCAUUUGCAUGGUGUGGACCUUAUCUGUAGCUAUGGCCUUCCCGCCAGUCCUUGAUGUUGGCACCUACUCCUUUAUUAGAGAGGAAGACCAGUGCACGUUUCAGCAUCGUUCCUUCAGGGCCAACGAUUCCUUGGGAUUUAUGUUACUCCUUGCUCUCAUUCUUCUAGCCACACAGCUUGUCUACCUCAAGCUGAUAUUUUUUGUCCACGACAGAAGGAAAAUGAAGCCAGUCCAGUUUGUAGCAGCAGUAAGCCAGAAUUGGACUUUUCAUGGUCCUGGAGCCAGCGGUCAAGCAGCAGCUAACUGGCUUGCAGGCUUUGGAAGGGGUCCCACACCGCCCACCUUACUUGGAAUAAGGCAAAAUGCGAACACCACAGGCAGGAGAAGGCUGCUGGUUUUAGAUGAAUUCAAAAUGGAAAAAAGGAUCAGUAGAAUGUUCUAUAUUAUGACAUUCCUUUUCCUGACCUUGUGGGGGCCCUAUUUGGUAGCUUGUUACUGGAGAGUUUUUGCCAGAGGUCCUGUUGUACCAGGAGGAUUUCUAACGGCGGCUGUCUGGAUGAGUUUUGCCCAAGCUGGAAUCAAUCCUUUUGUCUGCAUUUUCUCAAACAGGGAGCUGAGGCGCUGUUUCAGCACAACCCUUCUUUACUGCAGAAAAUCCAGGUUACCAAGGGAACCUUACUGUGUUAUAUGAAGGAGCAUCUGCAAAAUCUUUAGCCUUGUGAAACACUACCCUUCUCUGCUAAGCAAUUGUGGCCUGUAGCCAUGUCUUGAGAAGAAGAUCAAGAAUGGAGCAUCAGCAGCAUUGUGCACACUUUGCAAUAGCGCACCUGUAAUCCUAUUUUAUCCUAAAGUGUUCCUGCUGGCCACCAGGGAAGGUUUGUAAUUGGAAACAAAGGGACUCGACCACAGAUUCCUUUGUGUUUCUGUGGCUGGAGGUUCAAUCUUGCAAAUGACAGGUGCUAGGAACCACUGCUGAAUGCUGUGUAUAUCACCACAUAUAAACCAGAACAUCCAGAAAGGUUAGCAUUGGACAUCUUAAUAAAUUGAAUUGAGGUAAAUGUGUUAAUAAACAUGAUUUUAAGAGUUUGAAAGACUCUUUGAAUAUUUAAUACAGUUUGGGUUUCUUUUGCAAAGAUUGACAAAUGGGAAUGAAAAGUACUGUAACUGAUAAAGGAUGUGCCAUGCGUUACUGGAUUAUCUUACUGAGGGAUUCCCUUACCUUGUAAGUCAGUCUUGGGGAGCAUUCCAAAGCAGUAUUUUUGGUUAAAGUUAUAUUCUACUUUUUCAAAUAUUCUUUCUAUAAAAAGAGGUUUUCUUCAACAGUGAAAUGCGCAUUUCAAUGUAUUCUGUGUUGUUUUUUUUUUCUUCUUCUUUUCAUUUGGCAAAUUCUGAGUUAAGUCUUGUUGAAAAGAAAACCUAGGUAUCAAUCUGUUUGGCAACGUACUAUCCAAAUUGCAGUAUUAAAGGAUCUACAUAUGGAGCACUCAUAAUAAUACAGAAUAAAUACGUGUUGCCUUAAAGGGUUAUCUAGUAGCUUCCAUUUUGUUUAACCUUGAAUAAACCUAUCCAAUCGGUAAGCCUGGUCGGUGAUUUGGGAGUGCAUGAAAGAACACUUGAACCACCUUUUUCUUUGAGCUCCUAUUGUUCCCAAAAUCAGUAUGCACAUCAUCUGGGUGACAUCAGCCUCAGAUGUGCCCCCUUUCUGGGUCACCCUAAGAAACAGAGGCAGUGAAGGAUGUUUAUAUUUAGUGAGCUGUCUUGGAGAGACUGAAGCCUUAGUACUAUAUUUUGCAGCAUUUGGGAAGCAUAUAUUCUACUGAAGGCACAGUCUUG